CAGAAUUCCAGGCUCUUGUGUUGCUCUCUCUCUCUCUCUCUCUCUCCGCUCCCCCUCGCUCCGUUUGGGAAAGAAGAAAAUAAACCUACCGCUGCUAACCAGGCUAGUUAUGGAACCAAACCCACAAUACUCCUUCUGCUGUUUGUGACUGGCCUGAGAGGUGCUUCCCCCUCUGCAUGCACCGCCUCUACCUGGGAGAAAAGCACGGGGAACCGUUCGUAUUCUCGGACCGUGUCUGUUUUUUAAAAGUCAAAGUUAAAAGACGCCAACCAGCGGAGGGUUUCAUUAGCGAGCUAACUGGGCUAACCGUAGCCUGGAUGAACUUCGCAUGGACUGACUGUGCUGCUGCGGCUGGGAUAGUAGCCUGCCGUCUUGACUGAAAGCUUUCUUUUUUUUUUUUUUUUUGGGCUGGGUCCAUCACAUGGGAGUGUGUUCUUACUUGGACACUAUCGCCUCGGAGCUUAAAGGCGAAACAAACUGCGCGCAAAUGUUGUUUUUGUGGCGUACGCCAUCACGUUAUUGAUUUGGGAAAAAGCCCAGUGGCGGCGGAGCUAACAGGAUAUUAGCCACCUUUUCUCGCCGCUGUGCGCUUUGUGGUCGCAGGCCAUGGACUGACUGAGCGAUGAGAAGGCUGGCUUUGAUGGCAGCUAAUUAUUUAUACGGGAAGCAGCAAUUGGAUACAACUAAAACAGAGAAAAUAAGAUUUGAACGUCGUUCCUGAACAAUUCAACUUUUUUGUUUUGUUUUUUUAACUUGAAAAUGCAUCGGAGUGCUGGAGCUUUUUCCAAGUUGGGAUAGAAGAGACGCACAAGAAAACAGCGGGAUUUACAACUGCACUGCUGAUACAUAACAACAACAAAAAAAACCCAUAAGUUUGUUUUUUAUAUAACAAAGAGGUGAAAUAUAAUGUCUACCGCUAAAGAAAACCCUUGCAGGAAAUUCCAGGCGAACUUCUUCAACAAAAGUAAAUGUCAGAACUGCUUCAAACCGAGAGAGCUGCACCUACUGACGGACCAGGACCUGACCCAGGCUAAACCUAUUUAUGGUGGAUGGCUGUGCUUGGCCCCUGAGGGAACUGACUUUGACAAUCCAAUGCAGAGAUCCCGGAAAUGGCAACGGAGAUUCUUUGUGCUGUACGAACACGGCUGCCUGCGCUUCGCCCUGGACGAAUCGCCAAGCACGCUGCCUCAGGGCACGGUCAACAUGAACCUGUGCACUGACGUCAUAGAUGCGGAGCCCAAGACGGGCCAGAAGAACUCCCUGUGCAUCAUCACCCCAGACCAGGAGUACUUCAUCAGAGGAGAGAAUAAAGAGAUCAUCAACGGGUGGAGUGAACAACUGGUGGUGUACCCCCGAACCAACAAACAGAACCAGAAGAAGAAGCGCAAGGUGGAGCCGACGACCUCUCAGGAGCCAGGCCCAGCCAAGGUAGCAGUGACCGGUUCUGGCAUCCCAGAGGCGGAGAAGGUUCCAGACUCGAGCUCCAUCAUCUGGCAGGAGGAGCUGAACCAGAGAGAGGCUGAGGGGGCAGCUGUAUGGCCUGCAGCUGACCUGCCUCCUGGAUCACCGCUGCCCCCCACAGGUGAUGUGGCGUCUGUGGCUCAGGGCUCUGACGCAGGCUCUGUGAAUGGCGACGAGGUGGACCGGGCCAGCAUGGCUCUGCACGGCUCUGCCCCUCAGCCUCCCAGCGACCUGCUCUCCCCGACAGGCUCAUGCUCCAGCCUGGGUGGCGUCCCGCGCUGCCUCUCCCCGGCCCCCAGCGACCCCUUCCCCUCCGGCAGCUCCCUGCUCUCCAACGGCUCCCACAUCAGCGGCUCAGUCAGCUCCCUGGACUCGGACGCCAGUGGCAGCACAGUGACCAGCACCGACAGCCACCCAGCCAACCAGAGGGGAGGACACUCCUACAGCCACCACGACACGCCGCGGUCCAGACGGCUGGAGGCCGAGGCCAGGAAGGCGGAGAAGAGGAGCCGGUACAGGAGCCCCGACAAGCAGGAGAGGGAGGCGGUCCUCAGCCCCGAGAGGUGUCGCUCCGGUGUCAUUGAGAAGUUGGAGGCGUUGGAGCUGGAGAAUCCAGAGAAAAUGGAGGUGGAGGAGUCGGGGAGGAGUGGAGCCAGACAAGGCCGGAGUGAGCACAGACGCUUCCACAGAGAGGAGCAGAGGCAUGACGCUGGUCAAGGUCUGGAUUUUCCCUCCACCCUGCCGCCCCUGAGGAGAGCCAAGUCCCUGGACAGGAGGACCACUGAGUCAGUCAUGACGCCGGAUUUACUGAACUUCAAGAAAGGUUGGAUGGUGAAGCUGGAUGAGCAAGGCCAGUGGAAGAAAUACUGGUUUGUUCUGACGGAUCACAGCCUGAGAUACUACAAGGACUCAAUCGCAGAGGAGGCCUCUGACCUGGACGGUGAGAUCGACCUGUCGACUUGCUGCAAUGUGACCGAGUACCAGGCUCAACGCAACUAUGGCUUCCAAAUCCAUACCCAGGAGGGAGUGCACACUCUGUCGGCCAUGACAGCGGGGAUACGCAGGAACUGGAUCCAGGCAGUCAUGAAGAACGUCAGACCCUCCACCGCCCCUGAUGUGGCAAGCUCCACGGAGGAUCAUGGCUCCUUUUCCCCGUUGGAGGGUCUAGUCAGGCCGGACGUCACCCAGGACUCUCCCUCCUCUGAGGCCUCAUCUGUGGAGAGAGAAUCCACUACGGGAGUCAUAAAAAGCCGGGCGCGUGAACGCAGGCGAGAAGGCCGCUCAAAGACCUUCGACUGGGCAGAGUUCAGACCCAUCGCUCAGGCUCUGGCUCAGCAGCGAGCGCAGGAGGCCGAGAGCCUCCAUGCUGACCUGGGUGAGCUGGAACGCAGUCGGAGAAGAGAGGAGAGACGGAAGAGGUAUGAGUCUGUGACCAGCACAUCAGCGGAGCAGAUGUCCCCUAAAGAAGGAGGGAGGACCGACUGUGAGAGCGGAGAGGGACUCGGACAGACAGAUUCAUUAGGUCCCAUGUCUUUGGAGAGGCAGCAGAGGGUGGAGGAGGUGAUUGAACAACACUGGCAGCAGGUGGAGAGUACGCCCAUACGGGAGGAGAGGAGGGUGCCUCUGCCCGCCACUGUGCAAUCCAGAGAGACUGCAGAGCUGGAGCAGCUACUGGAAAAUUACAAGCAAGGGAUAGAGGACCUGAAGGCACAGUUAGAGAGCUGUCACCAGCAGCUCCUCGACUCAAACAAGCACAAGCAGGAGCUGGAGCUCCAGCUGAGAACAGCUCUGGAACGAGAGCAGGACGUCCGGACAGGUUACAUCUCUCCGCUGGAGCACCCUUUGGGUCUGGAGGCUGAUGUGACGCCCCAGACGAAGAGGCCCGAACUGGCCACCUGCGAACGGGGCUUCGCUGCCAUGGAGGAGUCCCAUCAGAAGGUGAUAGAUGAGCUGCAGAGGAAACACCAGAGAGAGCUGGAGAACCUGCACGAGGAGAAAGAGCGACUGCUGGCAGAGGAGACGGCAGCCACCAUCGCUGCAAUUGAAGCAAUGAAAAAUGCACACCGGUCAGAGCUGGAGAAGGAGUUGGACAAAGCUCGCAAGGCCAACAGCAACACAGAAAACGCAGACAUAGAGGAGAUUCGCAGACAGCACGAGGAGGAGCUGUGUUCAUUCCAGCGGGAGAUUGAGGUGUUGUCGGAGCAGUAUUCCCAGAAGUGCCUGGAAAACGCCCACCUGGCUCAGGCGCUGGAGGCCGAGAGGCAGGCCCUCAGGCAGUGUCAGCGAGAGAACCAGGAGCUCAACGCACACAACCAGGAGCUGAACAACCGUCUGGCAGCAGAGAUCACCAAGAUGCGCUCCAUGACAUCCGAGGAUGGAGUAGGAGACACAAACACCACAAUACAGGGAAAAGAGCUCUAUGAGUUAGAAGUGAUGCUGAGGGUGAAGGAGUCAGAGGUCCAGUACCUGAAGCAGGAAAUCAACUCCCUGAAAGACGAACUCCAAGCUGCCCAAAGAGACAAGAAAUAUGCAACAGAUAAGUACAAGGACAUCUACACCGAGCUGAGCAUCGUCAAGGCCAAAGCAGAGCGGGAUCUGGGCCGGCUCAGAGACCAGCUGCAGCUGGCUCACGAGGCACUCGGGGAGCCAUCGCUGGAGGAUGUGGAGCGAGGAGGAUACGAUAUCAUGAAGUCCAAAAGCAACCCUGACAUCCUCAAGAUGGCAGCUGCUGCUGCCAAACGCUCAGAGCGCACCAUGAGGUCAAAGUCUGUGAAUCGUGACAUGCCCUGGGACAGUUAGGGCUGCUGAGGACGUGUAGGCCUCCUUCCCCUUCUCCUUUUAGAGUCUAAAGGAAGGGCUGACAGCUGAGCAGAGACUCCACCUGUUUGAAAAUAAGGACACGAAGGAGUUCUGACAGUGACGCAUCAUGUCUACCUACCUUGCUGCAUGUUUAGAAGCCCACUAUAUUUUAGCUCUGUAAUUAUUUACUUAGUAACACUACACACUGGUCACAAAACAGAUCAUAUAUUAUUAAAAAACAUGGUAUGAAGUUUGAAUUUCAUGUCUAGAUUUUGCAUUCCAUGCACUUCAGUUACUGUGACUUUUUUUUGUAUUGUUUGUUUUUGCUGCCAUGUCUUACUGUAAAUACUGUUUUUAAUUGAGCAUCUGCCAUGCAUACAUUAAAACUAUGACUGUGUAAGCUACUGUUUUAACUCUCUAGACUGUUGCUAGCCAAAGGCAUAAAUGUGAUGUUUAAUGGCUAAACACAACAAUGACAUAUUGAUGAGUGUGUAAUACUUGCAUAACAACAAAAAAAAAACAACAUAGGAAUGAGUCUGGCGUUCAGGUCUGCACGUUAACGCUCCAUCACUCCGUCAUAGUUCCAGCACAGAUGGAAGUGUUGCUCAGUAAACAAGCUGCGGAGCAGAAGUGCUCGUCAGCAAUAGAAAACAAAACACCUACCGUGUUGCUUCAUCGCCUGACUCUUAAAUUAACAUCACAGAUGUUCUCUGAAAUCCUUGGAUCUAUCCGAGAUACCCCACGGAAAGGUGACAGCUGAAUGCAUAUGGAUUCACUGAUUAUAAUUUAAAUAUAUAUAUAUGAAAAUUUAUAUAUAGUUUUUUUUUUCUCACUGCAACCAUUGUUCCAGCUGUAAAGGAGGAGUUAGAGUUGGUUAUGUUUGUAGUCUUGUUCAGUGGCAGUCCCUUUGUAUUUAUUUAAAUGGUUGGGAUUUUUCUUUCACAUUCCCAUUCCUCUGUACUCUGUUAUUGUAAAUAUAAAGCAAAUAUACACCAACUGACUACAGGUUUAUUAGCAAUAAAUAUUUUUGCACCCUU